ACAAAGACCAUGCCCACUCCUGGGAGGGGGAUUGGGCUGCCGCCCUGGGACACUGCAGUGGGAGCUGAGGAGGAUGGUGUGCCUCAGCUUCCUCCCCGCCAUGGGCUUUCUCCUCCUCAUCAGCACUGUGGCCUGGGGAGAGUAUGGCGUGGUCCACGUGGUGUCGGAGAACUGGAGCAAGGACUACUGUAUCCGGUUCAGCUCCCAUUACAUCACCCUCCCCCAGGACCUGGACCACACCCCGCUCCUGCCCCUGUAUGAUGGCACCAAGGUAGCCUGGUGCCCAGGUGAGGAUUCCCUCCACCAGGCCCAGUCCGGCUCCCCCAGCCAGCGGCCCCUCUGCCAGACCACCGCCAUGGUCAUGGGGGGCAACUGCAGCUUCCACACCAAAGGCUGGCUGGCUCAGGGCCAUGGUGCCCAUGGGCUGCUCAUUGUGAGCCGGGUCAGCGACCAACAGUGCUCAGACACCACCCCGGUGCCCCAGGACCCCCACCAGCCCCUGCCAAACCUCACCAUCCCCAUGGCUAUACUCCACUAUGCCGACAUGCUGGACAUCCUAAGCCACACUCGUCGGGGGGCUGUGGUCCGUGUCGCCAUGUAUGCGCCCCCCGAGCCCAUCGUCGACUACAACAUGCUGGUCAUCUUCAUCCUGGCUGUGGGCACAGUGGCCGCAGGCGGCUACUGGGCCGGCCUGACCAAAGCCAACAGGACACAGCGGCACCGUGCCCGAGGAGGAGGGGGGCCUGGCGGUCACCGCCCACCGCCAGAAGCAGCAGCAGCUGAGGGAGCCCAGGAGAAAGACGAUGAGGACAUCCCGGUGGACUUCACGCCGGCCAUGACGGGCACGGUGGUCACUGUGUCCUGCUCACUCAUGCUGCUGCUCUACGUCUGCUAUGAUUACUUUGUCUACGUCAUGACCGGGAUCUUCAGCCUGGGUGCUGGCACUGGCCUCUACAGCUGCCUGUCACCGCUGGUGUGCCGCCUGCUCCUGCAGCAAUACCAGAGGCCUCCACACGGCCUCCAGGCUUCUCUGCCGCUGCCCCUGCUGCUGGCGAUCCUGUGCACAAUGGUGGUCAUCUUCUGGGUGGGCUGCCGCAACGAGGACUCCUGGGCGUGGCUCCUGCAGGACGCGCUGGGCAUUUCCUGCUGCCUGUUCAUCCUGCACCGCGUGCGGCUGCUCACUGUCAAGAACUGCUCCUCCUUCCUGCUGGCCCUGCUGGCCUUUGACGUCUUCUUCGUCUUCAUCACUCCCUUCUUCACCAAGACUGCUGAGAGCAUCAUGGUGCAGGUCGUCACGGGCCCUGCAGAGUCUUUCAGCCACGAGAAGCUGCCCAUGGUGCUCAGAGUGCCCUGGCUAAGAGUCUCCGCCUUGACCCUGUGUGACAAGCCCUUCUCCAUCCUUGGCUUUGGUGACAUUGUGGUCCCCGGCUUCCUGGUGGCUUACUGUCGCCGCUUCGAUGUGCAAGUCUGCUCCCGGCAGGUCUACUUUGCAGCCUGCACCGUGGCCUAUGCCGUGGGCCUGCUGCUCACAUUCAUGGCCAUGGUCCUCAUGCAGAUGGCCCAGCCUGCCUUGCUCUACCUAGUGCCCAGCACCCUGCUCACCAGCCUGGCUGUGGCUGCCUGCCACCGAGAGCUCAGCCUCUUCUGGACCGGCCAGGGCAGAGUCAAGACGCCUGGGCUCUGCCGUGCCCCUUCAGCUGGCUCUAGGCAGAAGCAGGAGGGUGCAGCAGAUGCCCACACAGCCAGCAUACUUGAGAGGGACACCAGCCAAGGGGCGGGGGACUUAGACAGCAACCCUGGAGAAGACACUGCCAAGACUGUCACCAUAUCUGAGAAUGAAGCCACCACUCCUGAGGACUGCAGUGAUAGCUCUGAGGGCUGGAGUGAUGCCAAUUUGGAUCCUAAUGAGCUGCCGUCCAUCCCUCCUGGGGCCUCAGAGGAGCUGAUGCCACUGAUGCCAACGGCCAUGCUGAUUUCACGGCCCCUGAUGGCCCCACACUCAGAGCUGGGCUGUGUCCAUGCCCAGGCCCAGGUCCAUGACACCAGCCUGCCCUGGGGGGGGGGGGUCCACAAGAGGAAGGGUUUGAAAGUAAGAAAGAGCAUGUCAACCCAGGCACCCUUGUGAACUGAAGCCCCUGGGACACAUGCCUCUCGAAGGCCUGGUGGGAUAUUGCAGAGCAAAGCCAUGCCUGGCAACAAGAAACCAGGGCAUUAAAGAGAUUCCCUAUCUACCC